GGUGAAAGCUUUACCAUCUCCUGGAUGGAGGGGAAGUUUGUCGUCGUGGUGACAGCUGGACGGACAGGCUGACUGGGACCGAAAACCUGCCGAGCAAAGUUUGAGUUUGUCACACCACAGAAGAAGAAGAAGAAGAAGAAGAGCGAGACAGAGAGAGAGACAGAGAGAGGGAGAGCGGCCAAGAGACAGCAGGACAGUGCUUCCUGUCACCCAUCGGGCUGAGCAGCAGAAUGUUCCGGCAUAAGAAGAAACGGCGCCCGGAGAUUUCGGCCCCCCGGGACUUUGAGCACCGUGUGCACACGUCGUAUGACGCGGCGCGGGGCUGCUACGUGGGCCUGCCCACCCAGUGGCAGGGUAUCAUCGAAACCCUGAGGAGACCCAAACCGCUGGUGGACCCGUCCAGAAUCACCCACGUAGACCUGAAACCAAAGAAGACUAUUGUCCGUGGGAGUUUCAUCGGACACGAUGACUACAUCUCCCACAUCAUCGCCGAGAUGACCCGCCUGUCCGUCUCCAGCUCCAACUCACUGCGGCGUAGCAGCCCAUCUGCACGGAGACGAGCACGGUCCAUGGGCAGACUGGGCGAGCUCACCGAGGACGUCUCCUAUCAGUACCAGGAGAUCAACCAGAAGAACUGCAGGAGUGCCACCUAUUGGCAGGAUCGGAUCCGACAGGUCCGCAGCGAGAGCGGAAGCCCAAAGCUGAGCGGCAAGAAAAGCACCACAUUGCCAGUCGACGGGGCUCUGCCCCGGGCCAAGUCCUCCUACACCAUGAACAUCUGCCCAGCUGAGGAGAAGGUCCUUCAGAGGACCAGUCUUACCAGGGCUCAGUACAUCCGCAGCAAAGGGGCAGGACUGAUUGAUGCCCCGCAGCAAACCAGCGGAGAAUUUCUGAAGGAGUGUAUGGUCCGGCAGAGACCCACCUCCUGCCAUUACAACCUGCAGACUCUGGAGACCAACGCCAGGGUCAACCUGGGGCUGAAACCAGCUGUCAAUCAUCUUCCAGACCUGCUGUCUUCCUCCAAGGACACCAAGAGACAUCAAUCAUCCUAUGACCUAAGGGUAAAAACUAGUAUGAGCUCUUUAGUCUCUCCUCUUCCUCCUCCAAAUGGCACCAGCAGCCCGAUAACAGGCCGAGGGUUGACGCACCGACCACGCCGGUCUUCUUCCAGCUACACUAUCGGAAUCUCGCCAGCCGUCAGACUGGGUCAGGCUGACUGCAAACUCCCCCUGCAGGACAGUCCCUCCCAGCCCCGGCCCACUCCCACUGGCUCCACUGCUGCCACCGUGGCCAGGUCCUGCCCCUCCAUCCGGCCCUCGCCCAGCAGGGAGGCCCAGCCUCCCAAAGUGACCCAUGAACAGUUCAAGGCGGCGCUGCAGAUGGUGGUGGACAAAGGUGACCCCAGGACUACCCUGGAGAACUUUGUGAAGAUUGGGGAGGGCUCGACGGGUGUCGUCUGCAUCGCCCGUGAAUGCCACAGUGGGCGGCAGGUAGCGGUGAAGAUGAUGGACCUGAGGAAACAACAGCGUAGAGAGCUGCUCUUCAACGAGGUUGUGAUCAUGCGAGACUACAGACACCAGAAUGUGGUGGAGAUGUACAGGAGUGCACUGGUGGGGGAGGAACUAUGGGUAAUCAUGGAGUACCUGCAGGGCGGCGCUCUCACCAACAUCGUCAAUGAAACCAGGUUAUCUGAGGAGCAGAUAGCCACAGUGUGUGAAGGCGUGUUACAGGCUCUGUCUUAUCUGCACUCACAAGGUGUCAUCCACCGAGACAUCAAGAGUGACUCCAUACUCCUGACACUGGACGGCAGGAUCAAACUGUCAGACUUCGGCUUCUGUGCUCAGAUCUGUAAAGAUGUCCCCAAGAGGAAAUCUCUGGUGGGGACACCAUACUGGAUGGCCCCCGAGGUGGUCUCCAAAAUCCCUUAUGGCACUGAGGUAGACGUGUGGUCUUUGGGUAUCAUGGUGGUGGAAAUGGUUGAUGGUGAACCUCCGUAUUUCAGCGAGACACCGGUGGCAGCCAUGAAGAAACUAAGAGACGACCCUCCCCCAACCAUCAAGAACACACAGAGGAUCUCUCCAGUUCUGAAGGACUUCCUGGGCUGUAUGUUAACCCGGGACACCAAGCAGAGGGCCAGCGCCAGCAGCCUGCUGGAACACCCUUUCUUCCUGCAGGCUGGCACACCACAGUGCCUGGUACCACUGGUGGAACAGUACCGCAAACGCAUGUCUCGCUGCUGAGAGGAACCCAUACCAGAACCUGGACCAGAACCUGAAACAGAGCCUGGACCAGCUUCACCAUCCCACACACCACCACCAAGUUCACCAACCAAUGGACCCAGGUCUGUCUCUUUUCUAUGAUGAAGAAGACAUGGCUAAA